AUGGGCUGGUAUAUAUUUGUGGGUCUUCAUCUUCUCUUUCCGACAGUGACCAUAAAGGAGCAAUUUUUACCUGUAUACUUGGGAGACACCAUAGUGCUCACCUGCUCAGAGGGAGGCAACGUCAAAUGGUAUUUCAAUAAUACUGUAGUCCCAGAUCAAACACAACAAAACUAUAUCUUCACCAUAAAAUCUACUAGUGCACAAGGCCAAUAUGUGUGUGAGGGGCGUGGAAGUAAGAGUGAUGCAUAUAAUCUCAAAAUCGAAGAUUCCUUUCCUCCAGAGAUCCUAGUCACACAGUCUGGACAUUCAGUGGUCUAUAAAGAUGACUCUGUUCUUCUAGCCCUUUACGUGGACGAUUGUCUGAAUUGGACGUGUUAUGUGUAUAAAAAGCAGCGCUUUUACCAUGUAAAAAUAAAAGAUUACCCAAAAACUGGGCCUUUAGAAUUCUGGACGUCCUCUGUGGAGAAGACCUCAGAACCAUAUAUUUAUUGGUGUAAAAAGAAGAACACAAACAUGAGAAGCAGCACUGUUGUUCUCGCAGUAACCGAUCGAUGGAUACAACUAGUGCCUAACCCUGCUCUGCCGGAACUGGGAAAACAAUUAGAACUGGAAUGCAUUGUUCGUGGUGCACCAAAUAUAAUAAAUGUCAUUUUCUAUAAAGACGGUAAAGCAUUGCUGACUGCCCAAAAUAAUGUGAAAUACUUGAUUGAGAAUAUGUCAAAGACCGACGAAGGAAACUACGAAUGUGAAGCUACCUACACAUUCCAAGCGAGUAGCAGCAAUAGCGAGUUCACUGUCAAAUCUGAGCCUCAGAAAGUCAUUGGCAUAGGUAAACAGCUGUGUGAGUGUUGCAGUGUGAAUGUGUGUCUGCAUGUUCUGUAUUAUUUACAGUACCAGUCAGAAGUUUGGAUACACCAAACUGCAUGUCGCAUCACAUGAUCUGGCCACCUGACCUACUGUAAACUUAGCAGAAAUGAUUUUGGAGGAGUUUGACCAGAGAGUGAAG